AUGACAAAUGGUUUCACCCAACAGCCUCAACAAGGACUUCUUCCACAUGAGAGAGGUCUUUAUACGUCUCCUGAUCCAAAAGUUGCUAGUGGAUACGGUGCUACUCAGGAUGGAUACAGAGUAAAGCCUGGUGUGGUUCUAGCCGUAUCCAUUCCAAGCAAAACACCGCAUGUCAUUACCAGUACAUCUAUGGCACAUCGGACAAAGAUCAAAAAUGAAACGGAUGUUAUGAAUAGAAACUUUGGUAAAGGUAAUUAUUCUGUAACUGGUCCACAAUCCUCUCAAAAUCGUGCACCAGAGACCAUCACUCAAUUUCCUAUUGCCAGCAAAACAAAAUCACAAAAAUUACCAAAGCAACCAACGCUAGAUACUAUGGGCAAUUUUGAACCGGGAAGUGAUAUUCGGCGUAAACAUCAAGUUAAAUAUACUCAUGAAGUGGUGUCUGUCGAAAGAUUCUAUCACAAUCCUGUACCGGAGAAAGCAACCAUUACAAAAUUUCAGAGCAUCAGUCUCAAGAGUGCAAAACCAGUGAUUAAAAGAAAAAAACAGUCACCCCAUUAA